UCACAGCGAAGGGGCUAGUCGAGUUGGUUAUUUUUAUUAUAACAAAAUUCUUUUCUUUUUAUCCUUUCCUAUGAAUUCUAAGGAAAAAUGAUAAAUUACAUCGUUUUAAUUAACAAUAAAGCCCCUAAUAGCCUUACUUUUAUAAGAUAAAGUAAUUUAAUUAAGGUGUCAUUAUUGACAAGCAAAUCAAGAUGUCGAAACGUUCGGCCGAAGAAAGCGGCAAUGGCAGCAGCCAGCCGCCUAUCAAGAAAGUUCACUUUGAACCACACUUGAUCGGCCCCGUUUCAACUCUGGAAGAAAUGGACAUAAAAGUCCUUCAAUUCCAGAAUAAAAAGCUAGCCCAGAGAAUAGAGCAACGUCACAGGUGUGAGGCUGAGUUGCGAGCCAGAAUAGAACAGUUGGAAAAACGGCAAACUCAGGAUGAUGCUGUGUUGUGCGUUGUUAACCGUUACUGGAAUCUAUUAAAUGAAGACAUAAGAGUAUUAUUACAGCGAUUUGAUGCAGAGACUGCAGAUGAAUCAGAAAACAAAAAUGAAAAUGAAGCAACUACAUCAUUUCUCAUGCAGCUUUCAACGUGGGAUAAAGAAGAACUAGACGCCCAAUUGGCCAAUAGAGUUCAAGUUAGCAAACGGGCUGUAGCUAAAGUGCUCCAGGCUUUUGAUCGAUUACAACAGAGAAAUGAUAAAAUUUGGAGAGCUAUUAAGGGUGAAGGGGAAGAAGGCACACCAGCACCAUCCCUCGAUGAAGUCAUACGAGCCACAAAUGAGGAGGUUACAGCGGAGAACAGACGCCUACAGGCUCUGUGCACGACGUUGCAUGAGAGCCAUCAUGCCAUGACAUUACGGGUAGCACAGUUGCAAGAUGCUGUGAAUAGCAGGGACACUGAGAAUGCGGAAUUGAAGAAUCAAAUAGACGACUUACAGUAUGAGUUAAUGAAGGUGCGAUCCCGUAACGACAAACUAGAGAAUCACUUAGCGGAAGCUAUCGAGAAGCUCAAGAGCUACCACCAGUCUGGUAACGCUACAACGUCAAACUGUGCGCCCACACCGCACACGGCUGUGGCCAACGCAAAACUCGAGGAUAUUGCAGCUGAGCUGGAAGAACAAAGGGAACUGGCUAACAAUCGGUUAGCCGAACUAGAUAGAUUGCAUCGACAACACAGGGACACGCUGAAGGAACUUGAGAAGCUUAAAAUGGAUAUUCGCCAAUUACCAGAAUCAGUGAUAGUGGAAACAACAGAGUAUAAAUGCCUGCAGAGUCAGUUUUCCGUGCUCUACAAUGAAUCAAUGCAAAUGAAAACGGCACUUGACGAAACCAGGAUGCAAUUGCAGAAUGCAAAGAAUUUACACAUGAGACAAAUUGAAAUUAUGGAGAGUGAAGAAUUAGCCAGGCAGAAAGCGCUCAGAUCUGAAAUGAUACAACUAGAAGACGUGCUCGGCCAGCUAAGGAAAGAGUAUGAAAUGUUACGCAUUGAGUUUGAGCAGAAUCUCGCGGCGAACGAACAAACGGGACCGAUAAAUAGAGAAAUGAGGCAUUUGAUCACUUCGCUACAGAAUCAUAAUCAGCAACUGAAAGGCGAGGUGCAUAGGUAUAAGCGGAAAUAUAAAGAUACUAGUCAGGAGCUUAAUAAGCUUCGAAAAGAAAUGGAGGAGGCGUCAUCGCGUGGUGGGAAUGCGCCAGAACAACCUGACGAGAAACCUCUCGCCGUGAAGAAGGAAGAACCUGAUCCAGAGAGCGAGGAGGGCGCGAGCAGCGGCGGCGACAACAAGCACGCGCUGGGCAAGGAGCUCGGCCGCGCCAAGAUACAGGAGCAGGACCUCCUCAUCAAGGAUCUCAAGCAGCAGCUCAAGAAGGCAGUAAACGAGCAAAAAGAACUGAAACUAUUGUUGGACAUGUAUAAAGGAGUGAGCAAAGAGCAGAGGGACAAAGUGCAAUUGAUGGCCGCUGAGAGGAAAGCGCGCCAAGAGUUGGAGGACCAUAGACAGAAAGCCAAAAUGGCGCAGGAAAGUAAACGCGAACGUCGCAUGGCGGACGAGGACGCGUUACGGAAGAUAAAACAAUUGGAGGAACAAAAAUACGAGUUACAGAAACAGUUGUCCUGUGCGAGGCCCAACGCUGACCCGUUGCAUGGAUUCGCGAGGCCCUUUGCCGGCUCUCAGGUAUAUAACAAAGAAGAAGAAGCGCUCCUCAAUGAGAUGGAGGUCACCGGGCAAGCGUUCGAAGAUAUGCAAGAGCAGAACUCUCGUCUUAUCCAACAAUUACGUGAAAAAGAUGAUGCCAACUUCAAACUCAUGUCGGAGAGGAUCAAGGCCAACUCGCUGCACAAACUGCUGAGGGAGGAGAAACAGCUACUGCAGGAACAGGUGGUGACGCGCGACCAGCAGAUCGAGUCGAUGGGGCUGGUGGCGCGGCGGCUGGAGGAGAAGGAGCGGCUGCUGCAGGCCACGCUGUCGGCCGUGGAGAAGGAGCUGCUGCUGCGCCAGCAGGCCAUGGAGAUGCACAAGCGCAAGGCCAUCGAGUCGGCGCAGUCCGCCGCAGACCUCAAGCUGCAUCUCGAAAAAUACCAUGCACAAAUGAAAGAAGCACAGCAAGUGGUGGCCGAGAAGACGAGUGCAUUAGAAGCGGAAGCUUAUAAAACAAAAAGACUACACGAGGAGCUAGCGAUCCUGCGUCGCAAGGCGGAGCGCAUGAAGAAGAUGGAGCAGGCCGGCAGCAGCAUGGACGAGGUGCUGCUGGAGGAGAUCCGCGAGUACAAGGAGACGCUCACCUGCCCCUCGUGCAAGGUGAAACGCAAAGACGCAGUACUCACAAAGUGUUUCCACGUGUUCUGUUGGGACUGUCUGCGCACGCGCUACGAGACGAGACAACGGAAGUGUCCUAAAUGUAACGCGGCAUUCGGAGCUAAUGACUAUCAUAGACUUUACUUAUCCACUUAAAUAUCAAUAAAAAAUAUUGAGGGAACUAACUCGAUGAUAAAAAGGUUACAUAUUGUAACUAAAAUGUUCGUUUGUAACUCUGGUUGCAAUUCGGACAUACUCGAUUUUGAGGUUAGAAAAAUAUACAUGUUGUUAAACUGUCGAAUCAAUUUCUUAAAGUUUAUAAUAUGAUAAUUAGAUGGAUUUUGUUGUUUCUAAUCUGACGAGGUUAGGUGAUUAUUAAAAAUCUCUAAAUAUACUAGUUAGUCUCCAUGACUUUACUUAUAAAAUAUUUGGUAUAAUUACUCUUUUCUCACCAUGCAGAAUGUAUGUUUUUAACCGACUUCAAAAAAAGGAGGAGGUUAUCAAUUCGGCCGGUAUGUUUUUUUUAUGUAUGUACACCGAUUACUCCGAGGCUUCUGAACCGAUUUAUGUAAUUCUU